UACGUAAUGUAGAGGCAUCCUCGGUAUCUAACGCAACUCUCCAUCCAGCCGUCAGGCGGCGCUAAUGUCAUUUCAGCCAUCCGCUUUCUAAACAAGUGAAGGAGGAUCUGCACGAAUCGCUUCCUGUGUGUGAUACAAACACAACACUGCGGAGAAAGUGUCUGAAAGCUGGUCUCACUUGCGCCUGAUGCUGUCCAGUGCUCUCCGCUGUCUGCGUCCCUCCACCUGCACCCUUGCCUUAACCAGACAGCUGACCCAUCACCGGCCCCACAUGGGUCCUGUGGAGACCACAAUACGGACCAAACUGGCCCAGGCCCUCAAACCUGAGCACCUGGAGGUCAUGAACGAGAGUCACAUGCACGCCGUACCAGCUGGUUCAGAGUCCCACUUCAGAGUUCUGGUGGUGAGUCCUCAGUUUGAGGGUCUUUCGCUCUUGCAGCGUCACCGGCUUGUAAACGAGACCCUGCGGGAGGAACUCAGUAGCUGCGUUCAUGCCCUCGCCAUCCAGGCUAAGACACCCCAGCAGUGGAGCAGUAACCCCAUCCUGGCCAAAAGCCCCCCAUGCAUGGGAGGAUCCAAGCAUGAUAACACCAUGGCUGAGAAACUGAAGGCGGGUCAAGACUAACUGACCAAAACCUAGUAUUGAUUGGUAUUUAAAAAUAUAAUAAUCAGCUAUGAAGUUUUAUCCGUUAUUGUUAUUUUUUUUUGGCACAUUUGCUUCAUGCCUAUGUCUCAUCUGGAGCUGACCGGGACUAAUGCAUAAUAUUUAAUUGACUUCAUACAAACAUUAUUGUUAUUAUGCAGUUUGUUCUUAUUGGCUUGAACUAUUUAAGUCUGGUUAAGUACAAUAAUAAAAUGUGAUUUAUGCUUCAUUUACAUCUCAAGGAAGUGCUUCUCGUUUUAUCACAGUAAUAAAGUAUUUAAAAAAAUA